AAGAAACUCACACCUCAAAACCCUACACCGAGAUCGCUUGUGCUAACCCUCACUGGUCUGAACCCUUCCCGCCGUUUCACAUCAAAUCUCUGCAACCUCUCAGACUCUCUCUGCCGUCAAGCCGCCCCGAUUUCUCCCAUCCAUUGAUCUCCUGCAGCAGAUUCAUCAACGUCACGCCUCGGAAUCGCCCAUCUUUCUCACUGGAUCGUCCCUCGCCUGCUAUCGCUUUCAAGACUCUAGUGUUAUCGAGUGUUUACUUCAUUUCAACUUCAAGAGGAGUCUAAGAGAUGGCAAUUGCUUCACAAACCCUUGAUAUAUUGGGUGAGCGACAAUCUGGUCAGGAUGUUCGCACCCAAAAUGUUGUAGCAUGUCAAGCAGUUGCCAACAUUGUGAAAUCCUCGCUUGGACCUGUUGGCCUCGAUAAGAUGCUUGUGGAUGACAUUGGUGAUGUUACAAUCACUAAUGAUGGUGCAACUAUUCUCAAGAUGUUAGAAGUAGAGCAUCCUGCUGCGAAGGUGCUAGUGGAGUUGGCCGAACUUCAGGAUCGAGAAGUUGGUGAUGGCACAACUUCAGUGGUCAUAGUAGCAGCUGAGUUGCUCAAGAGAGCUAAUGAUUUGGUGAGAAACAAAAUUCAUCCAACUUCUAUAAUUAGUGGGUACAGACUUGCCAUGAGGGAAGCAUGCAAGUAUGUCGAUGAAAAGUUGGCUGUAAAGGUUGAAAAGUUGGGAAAAGACUCACUUAUAAACUGUGCUAAAACAAGCAUGUCUUCCAAGUUGAUUACGGGUGAUAGUGACUUCUUUGCAAACAUGGUUGUAGAUGCUGUGCAAGCAGUGAAGAUGACCAACGCAAGGGGAGAAGUUAAAUACCCCAUUAAGGGAAUCAACAUUUUGAAAGCUCAUGGAAAGAGUGCAAAAGAUAGCUACCUGUUGAAUGGUUAUGCUCUAAAUAGUGGUCGAGCAGCUCAAGGAAUGCCAAUUAGAGUUGCACCUGCAAGGAUUGCUUGCCUUGACUUCAAUCUCCAAAAGACAAAAAUGCAGCUUGGCGUACAAGUUCUUGUCUCAGACCCUAGGGAACUUGAGAAAAUUCGUCAGAGGGAGUCUGAUAUGAUGAAAGAACGCAUUGAAAAGCUUCUGAAAGCUGGGGCAAAUGUUAUUCUCACCACGAAAGGGAUUGAUGACAUGGCACUGAAGUAUUUUGUGGAGGCGGGUGCUAUGGCUGUUAGGCGAGUAAAAAAGGAGGACAUGCGCCAUGUUGCCAAGGCUACUGGAGCAACCAUGGUUUCAACAUUUGCUGACAUGGAGGGGGAGGAAACGUUUGAGCCAUCACUUCUUGGAUAUGCUGAUGAGGUUGUAGAGGAAAGAAUUUCUGAUGAUGAUGUCGUUUUGAUAAAGGGUGCUAAAACUACUAGUGCGGUCUCCUUGAUCCUUAGAGGCGCGAAUGACUAUAUGCUCGACGAGAUGGAGAGAGCUUUGCAUGAUGCAUUAUCUAUUGUCAAAAGGACCCUUGAGUCCAAUACGGUGGUAGCUGGUGGUGGUGCAGUUGAAUCUGCAUUGUCUGUGUAUUUGGAAUAUCUUGCAACAACUCUAGGCUCCCGCGAGCAGUUGGCGAUUGCUGAGUUUGCAGAAUCUUUAUUAAUUAUUCCAAAGGUACUUGCUGUUAAUGCUGCUAAGGACGCUACUGAGUUAGUUGCCAAACUACGGGCUUACCACCACACAGCACAAACCAAGGCAGACAAGAAGCAUCUAUCUAGCAUGGGACUAGAUCUAUCCAACGGAACCAUACGCAAUAACUUGGAAGCUGGUGUCAUUGAACCAGCCAUGAGCAAAGUCAAGAUAAUUCAGUUUGCAACUGAAGCAGCGAUUACUAUUCUUCGUAUUGACGACAUGAUCAAGCUUUACAAGGAUGAAACUCAAAAUGAGGAAUAGGGUGUUUUGUCAUGAUUCUGGAUGGAUGAUUACUGGCAUUGAUAUUUUGAAUAGGUAGCCAUCCUGCUGAGACUUGAGUUUAUUGUUAUGAAGUAGAUUUGUAUUCAGGGCAUUUUCUAUCAACUGUGUUCUUUAUAUCGACAAUUCUGAGAGCUAUAGAUCCCCGGCACCUUUUGUUGCCAGUGGGUCUUUUUGGAGAAAUUUUGGUCACCCUAUUUAGAAAUGUGUUUUCCUGUAAUUUUUAACACUGAUUUUGGAUUUAGUGGUGUGUUAAUAUGUUCGAGUGGUCUGUUAUGGAAAUCCUUUAGAAUAGGAGCUUUGAUUCAGUGUCAUUUUAGUAAUUAAA